AUGUUUAGUAUCGAAAGCUUGGAGAAGUGUACAAAUGAAAUUAUUGAAACCGAUAUUGAAAUACCAGAUGUACAACGAGAACGGAAGUUAGUUCACUGCGAUGGCGUUACUUUACAAGAUUAUUUGAAAAUUGAUGAAGAUAUUGCCGUAUAUGAAGCACUUACUGAAGAACGUAUUGUAGAAGAGGUUAGAAAAAAAGAAAAUCCUGAUGAAUUUGAAGAAGAAUACGACGAAGAGGAACAUGCAGUAGAACAAUUCAAACUCACAGAAGAAGACAUAUUAAACGCUUUAUCAGUGAUGAGCGACGACGAUAAGACUGCGGAAGACGAUAAGCGUCUUAGUGCGUAUUUAGACUUUAUAAAUACCAAGACCGAGUUAACCAGUACCGAAAAAUUUAGCUAUAAAAAUGACCACGGUACAUCGUCAGAAGAUGCUGUCGAGAAAUUCGAAAUAUUCAACAGAGCUUUUGCAAAAAUCGAAAACGAUGCGAAAAACAAGCCACUUCAUCAAAACAUUAGGGUGGAUAUAAAGGAGCUGUCGCCGAUAAAAUGUCAACUGUUGGCUAAAGGCAGAGAGAGGGCUCACGACAAAAAUCUAAAACAGGAAAUCUACUGGGCCACAACGGAGAAACGCGCCGACGAUGAAAUGUCCGACACCAAAGUAGAAAAGUUAUCGUUUAAGGACGUGUGGGAAGACCUGAUACAUAUGAAAUCUACCAAACAAUUCUGUAAGUAUUUGUUGGAAAACCCAGAUUUGGAAAAGCCGAAAUAUCUCGUGGACGUCGGGUUUUUUAACAACACUCUGAAUGCUAGAAAAAAAAAAUUGGAUCGAAAAUCUUCACACGAAAACACAAAGUCGUUUUUUCCGCGUUUCUAG